CUCAUCAAAGCCUUCGUACGGCUCAUCAAACUUCAAGCUUUUUCAGUAAAUAAAGUAUCAUCUUCUGUUUUCUAUUGGUUUUUGACAUUCAACGCAAUCCAAGUCUCAUGAACCAGUUUCUUUCCUUCUUCUUGUCGUUCUUGAAUAUUUUUCCACGUUAUUCGUUGUUUCUGUGAUCCCUGGAAGAACUUGGUGAUCUAACAUGGGUUCAAGAGUCUCUCCCGAUCUAAGAUGUUGGCAAUUUAUAACCCCUUAUUGUGAUUCAUGGAAGACACCUCGCGCAGUUCCUUCUUCAAUAUUGAAGCAUGUCACUGAGAGGAACAAUGUUAUGCCAUGUGGAUUGGUCUAUACGUCAAGGAAUCUGAGGGUGCAAAGAGGCAAACGUGUUUACUCUUCACUUUUUGAUGACUUUCACCCAGAGGAAAUGAUGAAUCUGAUUAAGGAUGGUUGUUGGGAUGAAAAUGGCAAUGAAAUUGCUUGUGCUGUCUCUGAUAAUACCCCAAACACUCAGCUAAAAAAUGUUUCUUCUGAGGAAUUUAGGACAAUGAAGCCUGAAGUUUUGGAGCCUUCCUUUUUGGGAAUUCAGCCUGAGCCACCAAGCUGGCCAGAGAGAGAUGAGAUUCUGAGACUUGGCUUUGAGAGGAAACUGAAAAGUGUGGGAAUUCCUGUGUCCAUUAGGAUGAUAAGAAAGAAGCUACAAUUGAAGGAGGAGGGUUUCAAAGAGGCUGGUGAGUUGGCUGAAUUGACCAACUGUUCUGUGAAAAAGACCUUCUCCUCUAUGAUGUUCAUCUUGCAUGAGCUUCAAAAUCAUGCCUUGCAAACAAGAGAGAGCCUGUGUGGUGAAGACUUGGAAAGUGUCAUGGCCAAGCUAGGGAGAGAGAUGGAUAAUUCAUUUGUUUGGCUCUUUCAGCAGGUUUUCUGGAAAACUCCAUCUCUCAUGGUCUACGUGAUGGUCCUCUUAGCUAACUUCUUAGUGUUCUCCAUGAAUGACAACUCUAUCAAGGCAAUCACUCCUCCUUCCAUGAUCACAAAGGCUCUACUCGUGACCAACAAAGAGAGUAAACUACAACAUCCACAUGUUGAUGCUGAUGGUAAUGUUGUUCAAGGUGAGCAUGCAAAAGAAGAGUUGUCAGAAGAGGAGGAAAUGUUGUGGGACUCCUUGCUGGAGGAGGCUUCCAUGUUUCAAAAUGAAUUGAGGAGUGCGGUUUUGGGCAAUGAGACAAAGCAAAGGUUAGUAGCUCCAGUUUCCGUGGACCUUGAAGGGGAUCAGUACGAGGAAUAUGUCAAAACUGAGCUUCAUUACAAAAAGCAUUUGCUCCAGACACCUGACUGUUCCCUUCUGCUGUCUAACUAUGCACAAUUUCUCUUCCUUGUCCUUCAUGACAUUGAUGGGGCAGAAGAGUACUACAAGCGUUCAGUGCUGGUGGAAUCACCUGAGGCUGAGGCAUUCAGUCGCUAUGCCGACUUCUUAUUGAUGGUAAGAAAGGAUUUUUGGGCAGCAGAACUGAGAUAUCUGCAAGCAUUGGAAGCAGAUCCAGGCAACACUUAUUAUUUAUCAAAGUAUGCUAGUUUCCUUUGGACCACUAGUGGACAACAUUCUAAUAGCUUUCCUCUAGAGGAAUUGGACAACUUACAGCUAUGACAGUGUCUAUAUGAUUCAUCAUUGCCUGAGUGAUGAUAUUUUUUGGUAACUUGAUAUUACCAAUUUGUGUCCCACUUGCAUUUAAGUUUUAUUCCUUGAUCUUUUCUGGUUGUUAUUCCACUUUUUGUUUUCGUUGCAGUUGGUAAUUCGUGGAACAACUAUCUUUGUUCAUAUUUAGAUAUAUGAUGUGUCUAGCCUGAAUGAUAAUAGCUCAAAGCAAAGUUCAUGAAGGAAGCAUGAGUUCCAACUCUACCUUUGAGACUCAAUGUUCCAUCCAAAAUAUUUUGAA